GGGUGCGGCUCCAGGAAACGGCGCGCUCGCAACUCGGAGCUCCGACCAGCUCGACGGGCCGCGACGGCCCGGCAGACUCAGCCAGCCCACCAGGCGGACCCCGGCGGCCACCCCAGCAAGCACAGCCUAGGUCCGAACCUCAGACGUAUCUACUCGGACGGGGCGGACAGAUCAGGCGACAUAGAAAGGAGCUCCAGAGACCAUGGGGACCCUGGCUGGGCCAGCAGUGGUGGGCAAGAGGGAGUCCCGAGCCUGAGAAGAGGUCUGGGAGAGCUGCUCGGCCAUGACUUCAGUGUGGAAGCGCCUGCAACGGGUGGGCAAGCGGGCCGCCAAGUUCCAGUUUGUGGCGUGUUACCAUGAACUGGUGUUGGAGUGCACCAAAAAAUGGCAGCCCGACAAGCUGGUGGUGGUAUGGACUCGAAGGAACCGACGUAUCUGCUCCAAGGCCCACAGCUGGCAGCCUGGCAUCCAGAACCCUUACCGUGGCACUGUGGUGUGGAUGGUUCCUGAGAACGUGGACAUCUCUGUGACCUUGUACAGGGACCCUCACGUGGACCAGUAUGAAACCAAAGAAUGGACUUUUAUUAUUGAAAAUGAAUCCAAAGGACAGCGGAAGGUACUGGCCACAGUUGAUGUGAACCUGGCCCAACAUGCGGGGCCCGUGCCCGCUCAGGUUCCACUUCGAUUGAAGCUGAAGCCCAAGUCUGUGAAGGUAGUGCAUGCUGAACUGAGCCUCACCCUUUCUGGGGUGUUGCUGCGUGAAGGCCGUGCCACGGACGAUGACAUGCAGAGUCUGGCCAGCCUCAUGAGUGUGAAGCCUAGUGAUGUGGGAAACUUGGAUGACUUUGCCGAGAGUGAUGAGGAGGAAGCCAAUGGCCCUGGGGCUCCUGAGGUCCGGGCUGGAGGUCCCCAGUCAGAUCGGUCUCGAGAGCUGAAGACACUCUGUGAGGAAGAAGAUGAAGGGCACAUUCAGCCCCAGCAGGCAGCUGCCAGGCCCUCUAGUGCUGAAGACACAAGCUGUGCCCCUGUGAGUGCCCCUGCGCCCCCGGCAAGGGCCUUCCGGGGCCAAGGGUCAGAACCAGCUGCUAUAGCCGGGGGCCAGGUGGGGCCUGAAACCCCAAGGCCCCCACCAUCCCCACCAGAGACAAGGUCAACUGGGCAACCAGAUCAGAACAUGGUCCCCACCCCAGCCCCUCGGCUCCGGAAAGGCUCUGAUGCACCCUGGUCCCCAGUCCCCUGCAGGGGGGAUGAGAUCCCCAAUACCUCAGAGGAUCCUCCAACAGGAAUGGGCUCUUCUGGGGAGACCCAGACCCAAAUAAGCUCUCAGAAAGGGACAAAGGCCCAUGGAGCCAGGCCAGAACCAGACAUUGAGGUCAGAGGCUCCAAAGACGAUCUGGGAGGAGACAGAUCCAAAGUUGAAGAGGGGGACACUGGGGACAUGCCAGGGCCUAGUAGGGCAGAGAAUAGAGAGAAGAACACUAAGAAGUCGUACACCACAGCUGGCGAGGCUGAAGAGAGCUCAAAACUUCAUCAAGUAGAUGCUGAGCAGAAGUCAAAGGUACAACGUAGAGCCACAGAGGGACCAGAGGCUGCAGGGCUGGUGCCCAAAGCAAGACUUGAGGAAACUCCUGAGGCCCCACCUAGGAGUGCUCAGAGGAGGAUGGGGGUUAGGACUCAGGAAGAGGCUCCCAGUGACCUGAACCCCCCUCCAGCUGAGCCUGAAGAGCAUCUAGGGGAUCUCAGGGAUGCCAGGCCGGCAGGCCAGGAGAAAGAAAGCACAGAGGUGAGGGGUAGAGCCCCCACUAUUGGGAGGACAGGCCUGGAGCGGGGCCCCUCUGCUGGAGCAGCUGGUGCUGGGCCCCAGGUGAGCUGUUUUCAGGGAGUCCCGUCAGUUGGCCAAGGGGUGGUAUCUAGAGAUCAGAAGGCCCAGGAGGCAGAAGUUGGGGAGCCAAGGGUUCUAGAAACAGAGGCUGAGUGGGUGCCAUGGGAGGUUAUAAGGACACCAGAGACAAAUGCUGGCACACUAGAGUCCCCAGAUACAGACACUGGCACAGCAAAAUCUGAAAUAUUGAAGGCCCAAGAGUCAGAAGCAGCAAGGUCAGAGGUCCUGGAGUCAGGGGCUACUGGAACAGCAGAGUCUGAGGUGUUGAGGACUCAGGAUAAAGAGAUUGUGGUUCUGGGGAUGCUGAGGACAGGAGCUGAGAUCAGGGAGCCUAAGGAAUUUGGGGUCCAGAAAACGGAAGUUGGAGGUUCUGCAGUUCCAGAUACCAAAACAGUAACGGCAGAAACUAAGACAUUAGAAGCCCAGGGGAUAGCAGAUGGUGGGGCCCGUGUGUUGAAGAUACAGGCUGAGGUAUUGGGAACCCAGAAAACAGAGGCAGGGGAGGCAGAAACUGGAAUACUGCAGACCCGGAAGAUAGCAGCUGAAGGUUGGCAGGCUCCAGUGGUGGAGGCAGAGAUGACAGAGUCUGACGAAUUGGGGACGCAGGAGACAGAGGUGGAGAUUGGUCAGAUUCCAAGAGUAGAGACUGAAACAGCAGGAACCGAGACAUUGGGGGUCCACAGAAUAGCAUGUGAGGAUUCUGGGUCCCCACAGAUGCAAUCUACAAUAGUAGGGGACCAGGAGAUCGAUGUUUCAGUGACAGAGACAGCAGAAGAUGCUAUACUGGGGACCCAGGAGCUAGCAGCAGGUCAUGGAGUACUUGUGAUAGAAGCUGAGCUACCAGAAUCCAAGAUUGACAGGUCCCUGGAGACAGAGGAAAGAGGUUUAGGGGUUCUAGAUACGGGGACAGCAGAAACCAAGAUCUCAGGGACACCAGAGAGAGCACCAGGAGUUUGUAAGGUGCUGGGAAUAGGAACUGAGGUAGCCAGGAUCUUGGAAGAGGAGGCUGGCUCUUCAGAAGUCCCAGAGACAGAAGCUGAAGAAACCGAGACACGGGGAGCCAAGGAGCUGUCUGGGAGUUCUGCGGCACUGAGAGUUGUGUCUGGGAUACCAGAAUCUAAGAUAUUAGGGACCCAGAAGACAGAGGUGGGAGGCACUGGGAUGUCACAGGCAGAGGUUAGAGGGACAGAGGCUGAAAUACUGAAGACCCAGGAAAUAUCAUCUGAGGGUUCAGGGGGUCCAGAGUUGGAAGCUAAGUUGGAAGAGUCUGAGAUACUGGGGGCCCCGGAGAGAAAAACAGAGACUCGGGAGAUCUCAGAGGUAGAGACAGUGAAUUCUCAGUUCACUGGGACCCAGAAGGACUUGGAGAUCACAGAGUCAGAAGCUAAGACAGUAAAGUCUGAGAUUCCGGAAGCCCAGGAGACAGAAGUAAGAGACUUGGGGCUUCUUCGAGGAGAGGCUGAGAAAGCAGAGGCCGAGAUGUUAGAAACCCAAAAGACAGAAGCAAAGACAGCUUGGACCCAAGAAAUAGAGCCAGGGGAUGCUGGGGUCUCCAGGCCAGAGGCCGAGGCACUGAGGGCUCAGUGGACAGAACCUAUAGUUUUGGAGUCAGGGGAGGUAAAGACUGACAUUUUGGGGGUCCAGAAACCUGGGGCUUGGGGAGCUCUUAAAUGUGAGGCCUUAGGAGUCCCUAUGACUAAGCAAGGGUUUUCUGGGGCCAAGGAAGUAGUGCCAGAGGCAUCCAGAGUACAAGAGCCAGAAACUAAAGUUUUGGGGAUAGAAGAAGCCAAAUCUUGGACUUUGGGGCAACAGGAAGCAGAGAGGGAGGGGUUUGAAUCUCCAGAGAAUAAAUCUGAUGUUUUUGAGGCCCAGGAAACAGAAUCUGGGGUCUUGGGAACCAUGAAGGGGAAAGAAGCCGAUGAAAGCCUCAAGGAGGCCAGCCUGAAUAAGGCACAAGUGGCCAGUGAGGCAGGGGCUGGGGUACCCAGGCCCUCAGGGGCCUCUUCCCCAGAGGAGCCUGAAGAGGACAGGAGGCUGCCGGGCAGCCAGGCACCAUCUGCCCUGGUCAGUUCCAGCCAGUCCCUGUUGGAGUGGUGCCAAGAGGUCACCAAGGGCUACCGUGGUGUCUGCAUCACCAAUUUCACCACAUCCUGGCGCAACGGCCUGGCCUUCUGUGCUAUUUUACAUCGAUUCUACCCAGACAAGAUUGACUAUUUCUCCCUUGAUCCACUCAACAUCAAACAGAACAACAAGCAGGCUUUUGAUGGCUUCGCUGCCCUGGGCGUGUCUCGGCUGCUCGAGCCAGCGGACAUGGUGCUUCUGUCCGUACCUGACAAGCUCAUCGUCAUGACGUACCUGUGCCAGAUCCGUGCCUUCUGCACUGGGCAGGAGCUGCAGUUGGUGCAACUGGAGGGCGGCGGUGGCUCUGGCACUUAUCGUGUGGGAAACGCCCAGCCGAGCCUGCCGGACUGCCUACACGCAGGAGACCUGGCGCAGCGGCUACGCGAACAUGGGGCUGAAGCGUCUACAGAGCCUAAGGAGGCUGUGAACCGCGGGACUGGGGCAAUACCCAAGGUAGCCUCCAGGGACACGGACCUGGGCUCCUCCUCUAAGGAUGGGGAGGCCGAGGUUGCCCAGGAAGCAGUCCCUCAAGAGGCAUCCUCCGACGGCCCUAGAGCCAGGUCGUCCACAUCCCCCGUGGUCCCCACAGAGGGGCUGGUGAACGGAGUUGGGGCGCCGGGUUCUGUGAGUGGUGUGAGACUGAGACGGUCCUCGGUCAAUGGGGAGGCUGGGCCAGUACCUCCACCCCGAGCACAUGGCUCUUUCUCCCACGUGCGUGACGCUGAUUUGCUAAAGAAGAGGCGAUCCAGACUAAGGAAUAGCAACUCCUUCUCGGUGGAUGACCAGGACUCUGGAGCUGCAGUUGGAGCAGGGCCUGCAGGAUCUGGGGCUGUGGAAGGCCCAAACCCUGACUCCAGCCUUGACUCUGGCACACUCACAGCCACAGCCCCACAGCAGCCACCCAGUGGGAACCCUCCUACUGAGGAAUCAUCCCCUAACCCCGGGGAAGAGGCUGGCCAGCAACGGUUCCAGGACACAAGUCAGUACGUGUGCGCAGAGCUGCAAGCCCUGGAACAGGAGCAGGGACAGAUAGAUGGGAGGGCCGCUGAGGUGGAGAAGCAACUGAGGAGCCUCAUGGAAUCAGGUGCCAACAGGCUGCAGGAGGAGGUGCUGAUCCAAGAAUGGUUCACCCUGGUCAACAAGAAGAACGCGCUCAUUCGGAGGCAGGACCAGCUGCAGCUGCUCAUCGAGGAGCAGGACUUGGAGCGGAGAUUCGAACUGCUGAGCCGAGAGUUGCGGGCCAUGCUGGCCAUUGAAGAGUGGCAGAAAACAGUUGCACAGCAGCACCGGGAGCAACUCUUGUUGGAGGAGCUGGUAUCACUGGUGAACCAGAGGGAUGAACUGGUCCGGGACCUGGACCAGAAGGAACGAAUCGCUCUGGAGGAAGAUGAGCGCCUAGAACGAGGCCUGGAGCAGCGGCGUCGCAAGGUGAGCCGGCAGCUGAGCAGGCGGGAACGCUGCACCCUGAGCUGAGCCUCCUGUCCGGUUAGUCGUGGACCCUCCUCGUCACUCCCCCGCCUGUACGGCGGAGGACAGGCCCCCCCAUGCUCCUUCAGCGGGCGGAAGCAAGACCGAUCAGGUUCUCGGACUGGAGCAGUGAGCCUGCCAGGCAGUAUUUAUUUAUCGGAGUGUAUGUGAGUGUGUGGCGGUGGCCAGGAUCCCCCAAGCAAGGGAUGGUGUGGGAACGACACCCACGUCCUCCUUCCCUUCUGAAGGGAGCAAUAAAGUUGAACUAGAACAAA